GGCUUUUCGAAGACAGGUUUGCGAGCUGCUUAGAGGGAACAACACGAAAGGAGUGCUGUGAUAAUUGAUUCCUACAAUCUUAGACAUGGAAGGAAAUAGACUUUUAUUAAGUUCUUACCAUGUGCCACACAUUCUGUGAAGUGCUAGGUGUACAAAGAAAGGCAAAAAACAAUCCUGUUCUCAAGGAGCUCACAUUCUGAUGGGGAGAAAGCAUGCCAGUAGCUGUGUAUGUACGAGAUAUGUACCAAAUAAAUUGGAGGUAACUCCAAGGGAAGGCAGUAGCAUUGAAGGGCACCUGGAAAAGUUUCGUGAAAAAUGUAGGAGUUUAGCCGAGAUUUGAAGAAAGCAGAAGUUUGGAAGUAGAGAAAAAAGCCAAAGGACAGGCGCUCCUUGACCAGAUCAUGUACCAUCUGGACCUGAUUGAGAGUGACUAUUUUGGACUGAGAUUUAUGGAUUCAGCACAAGUGGCACAUUGGUUGGACAGUACAAAAAGCAUCAAAAAACAAGUUAAAAUUGGUUCACCAUAUUGUCUGCACCUCCGUGUUAAGUUUUAUUCCUCAGAGCCAAACAAUCUUCGUGAAGAGCUGACAAGGUAUUUAUUUGUUCUUCAGUUAAAGCAAGAUAUUCUCAGUGGAAAAUUGGAAUGUCCUUUUGACACAGCGGUCCAGUUGGCAGCUUAUACAUUGCAAGCUGAACUUGGUGACUAUGAUCUUGCUGAACAUGGCCCUGAGCUUGUGUCUGAAUUCAGGUUUGUGCCCAUUCAGACAGAAGAAAUGGAGCUAGCUAUUUUUGAGAAAUGGAAAGAAUACAGGGGUCAAACACCAGCACAGGCUGAGACCAACUAUCUGAACAAAGCCAAAUGGCUAGAAAUGUAUGGAGUGGAUAUGCAUGUAGUAAAGGCUCGGGAUGGAAAUGACUAUAGUCUAGGACUCACUCCAACAGGAGUCCUUGUGUUUGAAGGAGAGACCAAAAUCGGUUUAUUCUUUUGGCCCAAGAUUACCAGAUUGGACUUCAAGAAGAACAAAUUGACUUUGGUAGUUGUGGAAGAUGAUGAACAGGGCAAAGAGCAGGAGCACACAUUUGUCUUUAGACUAGAGCACCCCAAAGCUUGCAAACAUUUAUGGAAAUGUGCUGUGGAGCAUCACGCUUUCUUUCGUCUCAGAGGACCUGUUCAGAAGGGAUCUAGUCGAUCAGGAUUUAUUCGUUUAGGUUCACGGUUCAGAUACAGUGGGAAAACUGAGUAUCAGACCACAAAAACCAAUAAAGCGAGAAGGUCAACGGCCUUUGAAAGACGACCCAGCAAGCGGUAUUCCCGGCGAACUCUGCAGACAACAGCAAAUGCAAUGAAACCUGAAGAAUCCAGCCUCCAGAAGAAUAUUGCAACCCAGAAUAAUGGAUCCCAACAAGUUAGGGGUACAAGAUCAACUAUGCCUGUAAUCUCAUCCAUCCCUUCUGGUCCUGUUCUGGUGGAGAUAGAAAAUCUUCCAAGGAGUCCAGGAAUGAGCCAUCAUGACAGGAAAUGGCUCUCUGAUGCCAGUGACCGCUGUCAACGUGGUGGAACCCAGUGGAGCACAGGGGCCUUGCCACCACCCCAGGCUGCUUGUAGAAACUACACUGACUUUGUCCAUGAACGCAAUGUGAAGAAUUCAGGAGUCCAUCGCGAUGUUGACUAUACUGUCCAUGCAGCCAUGACUGAAAUAUAAUUGGUGGUUAGCCUGAUUUAAGGCAUUGGGACUGCUUUGUGAUGCCAACUGGUGGUGUACAUUUACUAAGAUGCCUUAAAUCAAACUGAGGAAAGUGGAAGGGAAGCCAGUUUUAAGUGUCAGGUUUCCCUUUGUGUGGUGCUUUUUUGUAGCCCUUUUGAGAAAGGGAAUAAGAAGUUAUGUGACACAAAUAAUAAUGCUAAGUGUUCUUGCAUCAAAAAAGGGGAUGCAUAUGUAAUUUUAAGGUUUCCUUAAUAUAACUAUGUUAGGUCUUUAUUGAUCAGUGGGUGCCUUAGCAGGUCUCUGUGUAUGUAUGUAUGUAUACACUUGUGUGUAUAUGUAUGUAUGUACAUACGCAAACACAUACAUAUGCACAUACACACAUAAUAUGAUCCAUUUACCUCAUAGUAAAAAAUAUAAUUUCUUUUUAUUUGGGAGAAGAAAACAAAAAGCCUUAACAUUUAGGAGGAAUGGCAUAUGUUUCAUCUGAAGGAAUGGUAUAUAUUUCAUCUGUGUACCUAAAAGAUUUUUAUUUUAGUUGUUUAUAAUACAUAUUUUGAAGGAAAGAAUGUGAUUUAAUUUAAAAAAUAAAAAUGCUGCUUGUAACCAGCUAUGGAGAAAUGUCUAAAAUAGGUUUUAAUCUACUCUUAACAGUAAUUUUGAUAAAAUAUUUCAGUUAGUGAAAUAAAUUUGCUGCUGAAUAAUCAUUUUAAACAAAGACUAAUUUUCUUUCUUGUUUUCUACAUUUUUGAAUGGUUGGCAAAGUCUUCUUCUUAGCACCAGAUUCAUACUCUGUUGUCAGAUCCAGCGUAAUAUAUUCUGAUUCGUAUCCUUUCUUAAACUUAAAAAAAAAAUUUUUAAUGGAAACAAAUUAGAUAUCAGUUCUGAUUCUUGGAAUUUGGUUCAAUUGCUAGAAGCAUAUCAGUGAUGUAUGUGAUAGCGUUCUUUCUUCUGAACUUUUCAAGUUUCCUUCUGGUUUCUUUCAGAGAUAUUCUGAACUUAUAAUGUACUUUCCUACCUAGGUUGGAGAAUCUGUUGUCAUUUUUUCCCCAGUUUAAGCUUGUGUACUUUUUGGUGAUUACUCAGAAACCAGUAGCCCUCUUCUUAUAAUUAUUCUGUUAAUGGAUUUUAGUUGGUAAUCUAAAACAAUGCUGUAAAUCUCAAAAAUAGAAAUGGAUUCCUGCUGGCCAGGCCACAUAUUGACUUAGAAAAUCAAAUUAACGUCACAUCUGUGUUGUAUUUUAAUUUCAUUUUGUUAAAUAUUUCCCAGUUACUUUUUAAUCUAGUUUAGGUCGUCCUGGGGCAGAGUUUGGCACUUCUCAUUUAAAGUAACAGAUAGUUGAGAAUAUUUUUCUAUUAGAUUUUUGAAUGUGUCAUUAUGAGAAUUCAUAAUACUUUGAAGUAAUGAAAAAACAAUAAAAUUAAAUUCAGGAGGAGAUGGAAGCCCAUGCUGCUUAUAUAUCCUAAGAAAAGCUGCUGCUUCAAACAAUUUAUCCUUUAGGAUCAAGACAGGGUUUUAGAAAACUUCUGUUUUGGGCUUAUGGAUGCAAGCAAAGAGGGAAUAGAAUACAAUAAGUCAACAACUGGCAUAAUAAAGGUAUGGAUAAUUACAAAGUAUUUAUCAUUGGUAACACUUGUGAAGAAUCGGUUUAGUAUCUUAAAGUUGGAGACUGCUCCAAGAUGUUUUUUCACCAAUUUUGUGUAAAACAAUAAGCCUAUGUCAAAACCAUCUAUCCAGGGAUUGUCUUUGCUUCUGUGAAUCAUCAUCAGUAUGUUUUUUUAAAAGCUGCUAGUUUUAUUUCUCAGGGAUGCUAUAAAUAGAGUAUGAUGUAUACACAGUCAUACCCUCUCCUUAAAAGUAGGAAAUUUAUACAAGUGACUUUUAAAUGGAAUGGUGAGUUUUUUUUGGAUACUCUUCAAAUUAAUAUGGUCAGCAAGGGACCAACUGUGUUGUCAGAAACCAAAGCUACUUGAUAGAUUAAAAAGAUACCUUAGUCUGCAGUUGAACCAAAUCUAAAGUGCUUCCCAACUUUAGGCUUGUUCUGUGUCAGGAGAAUAAACCAAAUAUGAAUUCCUGCAACUAACUGUGUGAUCAAAUUAACCACUUAUAAAACACUGCUAUAUUCAGCGAAGCCUGGAGUAGGAUUAAAUUUGCAUUGAUUUAAUGAAUUUGUUCAGCAGGAUCAUUAAUCCUGAUAUCCUUGUGAACUGAGUUAGUGAUGUACCUUUCCCACUUUACAGAUAGUAAGGGGUAGGGGAUAGAGUGAUUCAGUGACAUGCCUGCUGUCAUAUGUCGAAUAUGUCCACGGCUUUCUGAUUACAGUUAUUUCAAUUGUGUAUUGAUCACAAAAUGUUUUAAAACUUUCUCCCCACACCUGCUUUUGCUGGUCUUUGAUAAAUUACUCAUAAUAUCAUAGUGGGAUGACUUUACAAAGAAAAGUAGAAUUUUAUUCAUUUGUCCUUUA